GAUGAUAAUAUUAAGAUAAAUAUAUAGGAUAAAAGAGAUGUCUGAAAAGUCCAAAGACUUAGAAACUGGAUUAAUAGCAAAAGUUGUGCUGUACAAGAUAGAGAAUGUGAAGAAAAUACAAGGCACUGAAGAACAAGCAGGAAAAGAGGAGAAUAAGGAGGGAGCACAGGGAUUGAAGAAGUUCGUGUUUAAGACCGGCGAUGGGUCGAAAAGUGAGAGUCAAGAGGUUGAAUGAAGGAUGGUUUCGAGGAAAUUUUAUUCAAAUAAAAUGCUUGAAUCCCUGCCUUGCUUGAAAUUAAACCAGGAAGAAAUUCAAUCAAUUGGGAGGAAGCCUAAGGAAAGAGGAUCUAGAGCUGCUAUGAAAUCAGAGAAGCCUUCUAUUAAUGCAGAAAGGCCAGAUAUCCAAAAUAGGAAGAUUCUGAGAUUGGUAAAGAAAUUCUAUAAUCAACUAUUCUUAUUUCACAACGAUAAGCUAAAGAACCAGAGAUUGAUAAAUAUUUCUUCAGAUGUGAUCCUCGCUGAGCUUAAAAAGAUAGCAUCCGUGUACAUGCCUGAUGCCAAUAUUCAGAAAAUGAGUGAAUUUUUAUUCAAAUUUCUAAACUCUCAUUGUUCAGAUAACUGUCAACUUAGCACAGAUGCAUCCAUAGCUGGAGAAGAGGCAUUUAACUGUACCCAUAAUUACAAGAUCCCAAAAUUUAAAGCUUUGGUGCAUUACCAGUACUUUCGUAUGCUUAUAACCUGCUUCAUGAGAUUAAGAAAUACUUCUUAUAAAUAAAGUUGUUGAGAUGAAGAAAAGCAUAAGAUGGGAAAACCAAUACGAUUUUAGCGAAGAAAAGUUCAAUAAAAUCCUCUCGAAAUGUCUGCACUGAGAGUUGAGCAAGGAUAUGGAGAAGAGGUUGCAUCAGCUUUAUGCUCAGUGUGUCACCUACGGAGUUGGCAUUCAAGAUUGGAUUCUUGAGAGUUUUCAUCAGAAUAUUCAAAAAUAAGAGACCACGAAUAAUUCUAAAGUUACAAUAAGAAGCUCUUUGA